AAAGUCAAAAGUGUUUAUCGCUAGUAUAAUUAAAAGUUUUUCCCAAGAAUAUUUCCAUAUGCAUUGAGUUGAAAACUCAUCGUUAACAUUGCGCAAGCUAUAUAUUAAUAGAUUUGCACUUGCGAAAUAUAUGUCUACGGCUAAAACUCAGUUAUAUUCUUGUGUCGUAUAUUAUAACAACCAUCCAUUCGCUGCAAAAUGAGGCAUCUUCUAUUUGUUAUAUUACUUCUAAUUAUUGCAAAUAUAAGUUUUGGUGUUGAGUUAAAUGUGAUGUACGAAUGGAAAUAUAUUAAUUUUACUUGGGACUCAGAACAGCAGGAAAUGGCUAUAAAGUCUGGCGAUUAUGAUCCUAACGUAAUUGCUUUAUAUGAUGUGGACGUGGCACCAGAUGGUAGAAUAUUCGUUACUUCAGUAAGAGAGAAGGGUGUACCAGCUUCUCUGAUGACAGUAUCUAAAGAAGAAGGACCAAAUGGUCCACUUUUGGCUCCAUAUCCAGAUUGGUCAUGGUAUCAGAAUGAUAAUGAUAGUCAAUGUAACGGUAUUAUAAGUGUUUAUCGAGUGGAUAUAAAAUGCAAUCAUCUAUUUGUUUUGGAUUGUGGCAAAAUCGGGGCUGACGCAGUUUGUCCCCCGCAACUAUUGAUCUUCAAUUUAGAAGACGAUUCGCUAGUUGAUCGUGUUAUCAUCCCACCUGACAUAGCUAAUAACAAAAAUGGCUCUGGAUUAUUAGUGACACCUCUUGCUGACGUUCGACAUUGUAACAUAGAUAAUGCGACUGUGUUUAUGGCUGAUAUUGAAGGUUAUGGUUUGGUUAUAUAUAAAAAACAUGUUGGGUUUUGCAGAAUCGAAUCUGAUUGUAUGAAACCGACAGACCCAAAUUUUACAAUAGAUAAUGAAAGUUUUUAUUUGGAGGACGGUAUUCUUGGUUUAACAAUAAUUCAUGGAAAGUUAUACUAUGCUGCUUUGGCAGGAAAAAAAAUAUGUAGCAUGAAAAUGUCUGAUUUACAAAAAUGUUCAAUACUAAGCGACGAUGUAGCUGAUGAAUUAACUCAAGUAGCAGGUAUAUUAGAUGGACAAACGGCACCGAUAGCAUCCGAACAUUGCGCAAUAUUUUUUAACAACAUUCCAGAAACAUCCAUUCUGUGCGCGGACGCUAUUAAAAAGUUCGACUCCAAUAACACAGAAAUUAUUGUCCAAAAUGCGGAAGACUUGCAAUUUGUAAGUGGAAUGAAAGUGAGAAAGGAAAAACUACUGGGGUUAUCAAACAGAUUUCAACAUGUAUACUCUGGCACAUUAAAUCCAAACGAAACAAACUUUCGCAUUUUUUCAAUAGAUAUAUCUCAAAUACGAAAGGAAAAGGAAAAUUGUUUCGCUUCCUGUAAACAUCAUAAUCAUAGAUCUUGGAUUAGACCUGAUAAACCGAAACCUUGGUUUGAACCUGAUAAAUCUUGGUCUCAUUGGAUACCUUGGUAUCUUAAACAUUGGUUUAAUGAAAAGUGGAACACUUCAUCUACUUUAAUCUUUUCAAAAAAUCCUUAAAAAAUAUAUGUGACACACCCUAAGUAUAUGAAAAGUUUCACAGGCAAUUUAUGUGUAAAAAGUAUAAUACAAAUACUAUGCAACACGAAAAUGUAUUCAAAUCCGCAUGCAAUAAA